CCCAUCGACAGCAGCGUGUACGGUAAUUAAUGCAACUGAAUGGGAUCGGGUGCUGCUGCGCUUGUGCGUUUACCCAGCAGCAUUGGCUCGUCGCCGCGCAGCUCAGUACCUAAAGAUGUGGUACCGAUUUGGAGUUGUCGUGUGUUCCUUCUAGCGGUCUGAUCCAGUGUUUGUUUCAUGCACACGUCGUCAAGCCGUUGCCUACACGACUAACUCUGUCAUUAUAGCCAUCGUGCUCGGGACUAUGCUCUCACCGCCCUCUGCUCUUGCUUGCUUUCUAGGAAUUCAGCGCCGCACUCCGUCGCCGACACGCAUUUCAGGGGCCGCAUGCAGCUUCCACUGGGCCUACACUGGGAGCAGCUUCUUACCCCUCCCCGAAGAUGCAAGCCCCGGCUGACACGCCGGCCGAGAGCGCUUCCAUCGUUCUCCACGUCAACUGCUGCGGGCUGAGCCAGGGCAUCUGGCGCCGCCGCCGCCACACCGCCGCCACAAACUCCGCGUAUGACAUGGCCGGCUCUGGCGCUGCUGUUGCCAGCUCGGCAGCUGCCCUGUGGCUGGCACUGGCACUGGCACUGGCACUGGCACUGGCACUGGCACUGGCACUGGCACUGGCACUGGCACUGGCACUGGCACUGGCACUGGCACCGGCACUGGCUGCUGUUGCAGCCGUGGUUGCGCCGGUGUAUUACCGGCACGAAUGCCUGGCGCUGGCCUCGCAGCGCUCCCUCAUCUCCUUCAUCGUGCUUGACAUCGAGCCCAUCCGCGCUGGCAACAGCAGCAAGAGCGGCUCCGCAACCCCCGCAGGAGGGGCAGGAGGCGGCGGCGGCGGGUACGGGCAAGGCGGCGGCCCGGGCGGCGGUGGCGGCAGCGGGCGGUACCAGCUGGCGGAGGCGCAGAUCGCGAGGGUGUCGGACUUCGGGAAAAACGACACGGUGUUUUACGUGCGCACGCACCUCGGCAACAUCCUGCACCCAGGUGACACGGUGCUGGGCUACGACCUGACCACGGCGCAGCUGACCGGCAUCGACUACGACAACCACAUGUCGGCGGGAGGCCGCGUGCCGGAGAUUAUCCUGGUGCGCAAGAGCUACGACGAGAAGCGGCGGCGGCGCGCAGCGCGUGGCGGCGCCGGCGGCGCAGCGCGGCCCUGGAAGCUGAAGACGCUGGAGAUGGAGGUGGAUGACGCGGCCACGGGGCAGCGCGGUCGCAACGAGGCGGCGCUGGAGGCGGACCGCGAGCGCUUCAUGCAGGAGCUUGAGGAGGAUGCGGACAUGCGCGCGCGCAUCAACAUCUACAAGGAUGCGCAGGGGCUGGCGCAGGUGCAGCUGGCGGCGGCGCGGACGCAGGCGGCGGCGGCGGCGCCGGCGGUUCCGGCCGGGCUCAUGGAGGGCGAGGACGAGGAGGACGACGACGACGAGGACUUGCCCCAGAUCCCGCUGGAGGAGCUGCUGGACGACCUGGAGGGACUGGCGCUGGAUCCAGAUGCGGAUGGGGAGGAGGAGGAUCCGUCGGCGGGGCAAGCCAGCGGGGCCGGCGCAGGGGAUAUGGACAUGGACUAAGACCUGAGGCGGCUGUGGGGGUUUGGGAGGGGGCGUGGCGUGUGUCUUCCCUGCUCGCUGGUGGUGUGGUGUGGCGUGUGUGUUUUGCAGGAUGGCGUCGUGGGCUGUGCGUGGCUGCGUGUGCCUGGAAGUUGUGCACGUGUGACGCUGUUGUGCCACGUGUGACGGUGUGUUACGGCAAGUGUUGGUUGGCCGUUGGUACGGCACACCAGAGGCCUUGGCGCGGCCGCGAGAGUGACUUGUGCAGCAGCGGGUAGGACUUUUUUUGUUUUGGACUCCUUUUGCAUUUCCUAGCAGCAAACAGAAAAUUGCAAGUGGCUACAACAUAAACACUGACCGUGGAGGUUUGGUGUUACAGAAGGAGGAUUGCGGUACCGUAUGCUUGACGUUGGGGCGGUGGUACUGGGCCUGAAACAACAGAAUUGGGUGGCCGACGACGUGCGAAACGCGCGCAGAGUGCGCAAGAGUAAAGAGUUGAAAGGCGCGUUUGCGGUUUAUGGUUUAUACAGAUGCGGGUUGCAGCUUGAGAGACAGGACACCGCCCGGCGCGGAGGAUGGCGGAUGACAAGCUUUUGUUGAAGGGCUCCGCGGCGACUGACCGGUAGGGUGGUGCUGCCGUCCUGCCUGACUCGAUUGCGAUUGCGGGUGGUCGGUGUUGCGUGUGUUGCGCUGCACGGCAUCAGCAGAUGCAGAGAGCGACCGGCAGGGGGAGGGGGGCUGCGGGUUGGGGGCUGGGGGCCCGCGGCGUGCCGUUUGGUGUGCGGACGCGCCGUCGAGGCCCCGCCCCCUCGAGCUUUGUUCAGAGAAGUGUAAGCGAGUGUGCAUGCACAUGCAAGACUCUGUUUUGUGCAGCAGGUGUGGUGGAGGCCAUAGCCCAUCGACAGCAGCGUGUACGGUAAUUAAUGCAACUGAAUGGGAUCGGGUGCUGCUGCGCUUGUGCGUUUACCCAGCAGCAUUGGCUCGUCGCCGCGCAGCUCAGUACCUAAAGAUGUGGUACCGAUUUGGAGUUGUCGUGUGUUCCUUCUAGCGGUCUGAUCCAGUGUUUGUUUCAUGCACACGUCGUCAAGCCGUUGCCUACACGACUAAC